GCUCCGUGGGGAGGGUCGGGCGCAGUCUGAGUGCCGGGUGGUUUCCGAACAGGUUCCCGAGGGAGGCAGCCGCGAGGUUCCAAGCCGCCGGCCUGCGUGCGUUCGGGCCGCUCCAGGUGUGAGUCGACGUCGCCCUGUGGCCUGCCUCCGCCCCCGGCCCUCCCCGGGGAGCCGCCUCGGGUCUCCGCCAUGGCGUCCACCCCGACCAACCUGCAGAAAGCCAUAGAUCUUGCCAGCAAAGCGGCCCAGGAGGAUAAGGCCGGGAACUACGAGGAAGCCCUUCAGCUCUACCAGCAUGCUGUCCAGUAUUUUCUCCAUGUGGUUAAAUAUGAAGCACAAGGUGAUAAAGCCAAGCAAAGUAUCAGGGCGAAGUGUACGGAGUAUCUUGACAGAGCAGAGAAGCUGAAGGAGUACCUGAAGAAGAGAGAGAAGAAGCCCCAGAAGCCGGUGAAGGAGGGGCAGCCGGCCCCCGCCGACGAGAAGGGGAAUGACAGUGAUGGGGAAGGAGAAUCUGAUGAUCCCGAAAAAAAGAAACUGCAGAAUCAACUUCAAGGUGCCAUUGUUAUGGAGCGACCCAAUGUGAAGUGGAGCGAUGUUGCUGGUCUGGAAGGAGCUAAAGAAGCUCUGAAAGAGGCCGUGAUAUUGCCUAUCAAGUUUCCUCAUCUCUUUACAGGCAAGAGAACGCCUUGGAGGGGAAUCCUGUUAUUUGGGCCACCUGGAACAGGAAAAUCCUAUUUGGCCAAAGCUGUAGCCACAGAAGCAAACAACUCAACGUUUUUCUCAAUAUCUUCCUCUGACCUUGUUUCUAAGUGGCUGGGUGAAAGUGAAAAGCUAGUUAAGAACUUAUUCCAACUUGCCAGAGAGAAUAAACCUUCGAUUAUCUUCAUUGAUGAAAUCGAUUCUCUGUGUGGUUCAAGAAGUGAAAAUGAAAGUGAAGCUGCAAGAAGAAUUAAGACAGAAUUCCUAGUUCAGAUGCAAGGGGUUGGCAUGGACAAUGAUGGAAUUUUGGUUCUGGGAGCUACAAACAUACCCUGGGUUCUGGAUUCUGCCAUUAGGCGAAGGUUUGAGAAACGAAUUUACAUUCCUUUGCCUGAGGCCCAUGCCCGAGCAGCAAUGUUUAAACUGCACUUGGGGGCCACUCAGAACAGUCUGACAGAAGCAGACUUCCGGGACCUUGGAAAGAAAACUGAGGGCUAUUCAGGGGCGGACAUAAGUAUCAUUGUACGGGACGCACUCAUGCAGCCAGUUAGGAAAGUACAGUCAGCUACUCAUUUUAAAAAGGUUCGCGGACCUUCACGAGCUGAUCCUAACAACAUAGUAGAUGACCUGCUAACGCCCUGCUCUCCAGGCGACCCUGGUGCCAUUGAGAUGACGUGGAUGGAUGUCCCUGGGGAUAAACUUUUGGAGCCAGUUGUUUGCAUGUCGGACAUGUUACGGUCACUGUCCAGCACAAAGCCCACAGUCAAUGAACACGACUUGUUGAAGCUAAAGAAGUUUACAGAAGAUUUUGGCCAAGAAGGCUAGACCAAAGACAGCAAGGAAGACGUUUACCAUGUGUGUUCUCUCUUUCAUAGGCAGUUUUGCUUUUCCUGGAUGGCAGUCAGAUUAUUUCUGAUAAAACUCUUUUACCACAGGAGAAUAGAGAUCUCACUUCAGCAUUCCUUUAAGUUUUAUUUGUACUUUUGCUCCAUUUCCAAUUAAAUCCUCCUGUUAACAAAAAUUAUAAAGUAAUGGGCCAUAAGAAAAUGAGUGAUAUACAAAAACAGGGAAAAAAACAAAAUGAGUGAUAUAUAAAUAGCAGAAAAAUAGAAAUUACCCAGUAAAAAGAAAAUUAAAAUUGAUUGACAUACAAAUAUUUUAAAUUGUUAGGAAGAGUGGUCUUUGCAAAGAGCAUUCUUUUUUUUUUCCCAACUAAAAUGAAAUGGGGCUUAUUUCAUAUUUUGGAAAAAAAAAUCUUAAGCAUCAUUCUUGUCAAAGUAAGAUUUAUUUGCUUUACUAAAAAAAUGUUAAAUGCUUUACUCUCAGGGAUGGGCAGUAAAACAGCAGAGAACAUGUGAUCAGGCUUCAAAGGUUCUUAACUGUGUUGUAGCCAAGGGUCUGAUUGAUUUUCGAUAGGUUGACUUUUUCUCUCCAUGUAGAUUUAAAUAGUUUCUAUAAAAGUCGCAGGCUUUUUUAUAUUUACCUAAGUAAUACCUUUCACUGUGCAAUCUUUAGAGAAUGACUCUCUCAGUUCGGCAUUGUCUUUAUUUUGAAGAAGAAAAUUGUGUCUUUCAAUGUCUUUUUGUAGCAAGAUUGACCAAAACAGGUGGUGAAUAAAUAUGUACUUUUUAAA